AUGGCCUACUACGGAAUCGACCGAGGUGGCACUUUCACCGAUCUGCUGUCCUACAACGACACCUCUGCCUCCGCCAUCAGCCGCAUCCAGAUGCUCAUCUGCCACAAACUCAUCCCCGGCUGCCUGCCUUGCUCCCAGGACAUCCGCGGCAUCCGGGUCGGCACCACUAUCGCCACCAACGCCCUGCUCGAGUUUAAGGGGCAGAGUACCUGCCGCAUCACUAUGGGCUUUAAGGACUUGCUACUGGUCGGGGCCCAGAGCCGUCCCUCAAUUUUUGCCCUUGACAUCGCGCCCUCGCCUCUCUUCUAGACUGUCAUCGAGGUCGAUGAGCGCAUUCUAAGUGACGAAACUGUGGAUCGCUAGCUGCAGGUCUAGUCCCUUCGCAAGCAGCUAGAGGAGGUCCACGCCAAGGGAGUGCAGGCCAUAGCAGUGGUACUAAUGCACAGUUUGUCUGAACGAAGCCACGAACAGCGGGUGGGCGAGGUGGCUCGCUAGGUAGGUUUUCAACAUAUCGUGCUUUCCUCGAGCAUCCUCAAGCGAAUCGUCGAGCGAGGAGAGACCGCUGUAGCCGAGGCCUAUCUGGGCCAGCGGGUGCAUGACUUCGUGGAACACAUCACCGACAAGUUCAACAGGUUCAACUGCAGUGUUGCCUUCAUGAAAUCAGAUGGGGGGCUGGUCCGCCCUCACAAGUUCAAAGCGUGCCUGCUGUGAUGUCAGGACCUGCCCGGAGGGUAUCUUGGCUUUUCGAUGACCUACCAUCACCCUUUUAACAAAGAAAGACAGGCGGUCAUUGGCUUCGACAUGGGCGGCACCUCGACCGACGUCUCGCGAUACAGCGGGGAAAUGUCACAUGUUCCGGUUUCGAAGAUUGUCGGUAGGACGCUGGUCACCCCCAAGCUUGAGAUCGAGACGGUAGCCUCGGGAGGAGGGUCAAGGCUGUUUUUCGAAAAUGGACUGUUCCGGGUGGGGCCAGAGUCGGCAGGGUCAACUCCUGGACCAAUCAGCUAUCGACGGGGCGGACACCUCGCCAUCACGGAUGCCAACCUCAUGCUGGGGCGGCUGGUGCAAUACUUUCCUACGAUUUUCGGACCGAACUCCGAUCAGCCCCUAGACCGGGCGACCGCAAAGCAGGCAUUUGAAGAGCUGGCGUCUAAGUCGCGGAGGGGAUCGGAGAAAAAAUGAGUGUGGGAGCGACUGGCCGAAGGGUACAUCGAAAUCGCCAAUGAGAAGAUGGCCAGGCCCAUCAAAGCAAUCACUCAGCGGAAGGGGCACGACCCACGAGAGCAUAUCCUUACGGCGUUCGGAGGGGCUGCUCCUCAACAUGUCUGCAGGGCAGACAAGCAGGCCAGUAUCUGGCUGAACAAGCAAGGCGAGCUCAAGCGCACCAUAAUCUCUGAGCAUGACCCAGUCGAGCUGUCACUCUUCGGAAACCGAUUCAUGAGCAUCGAGGAGAUGGGCCGGGUGCUGCAGUCCACUGCCAUCAGCACCAACAUCAAGGAGAGGCUGGACUUUUCGUGUGCCGUGUUCGAUGCGCAGGGCAGGCUGGUUGCCAACGCCCCCCACAUUCCGGUGCAUCUGGGGUCGAUGGGCGAUUGCGUCAGGAAACAGCUGGCCCUGCACCAGGACGACUGGAAGGAAGGCGAUUGUGAUGAUGACCAACCACCCUGCGGCAGGCGGCACCAUCUUCCCGACAUCACGGUGGUCUCUGCCAUGUUUUGGGAGGGGAGGAGGGUGGCUUAUCUGGCCUCGCGUGGGCAUCAUGCUGAUAUCGGCGUCACCCCCGGUAGUAUGCCCUCUUUCUCGACGACCCUCGAGGACGAGGGCUUUGCAGUGGAAAGCUUUAGGAUCGUCAGGAAGGGAGUGCUGCAGGAGGAGGCCCUUCUGGAAAUCGUGAAGGGCAGCCGGGCCGUGGAGGACAAUAUCGCAGACCUGAAGGCACAGAUCGCAGCCAACCACCGAGGCGCGAUUCGGCUGCAAGACCUCAUUAAACAGAAGGGCGAGCCUAUCGUGCAGUCCUACAUGGAGAAGCUCGAGGCAAGCGCAGAGACAGGAGUCACUAAGCUGUUCAAAAAGCUUGGCCAGGCCAGAUCCCGCUUUGAGGGGGUUGACUACAUGGACGACGGCACUGCCAUCAGACUGGCCAUCGAGAUCGAUGCUGAGGAGGGUAAGGCAGUCUUCGAUUUUGACGGGAGUGGGCUGCAGUCUCUCGGCAACUGCAACGCCCCCAGUGCGGUGACCAAGAGUGCCGUCCUUUACUGUCUGCGCUGUCUAAUCGGCUCUGACCUGCCUCUCAUAGGCUUCCUUCGGCCAGUCACCAUCAAAUUCCCUGCACCCUCGAUCAUAAACCCGGGCAAGGACGCAGCCGUCGUGGGGGGAAACGUCCUGACCUCUCAGCGACUGGUCGACGUCAUCCUGCACGUGCUAGGGGCCUGCGCAAAUUCUUAUGGCGAUAUGAACAAUGUCAGCUUUGGCACCCCUGAUUGGACCUACUACGAGACCGUGGGCGGGGGGUCGGGAGCAGGCCCCUCCUUCGCGGGGUGUUCGGGGGUGCAGUGCCAUAUGACCAACAGCAAGAUCACGGACCCGGAGUUACUUGAGGAGAGGUAUCCAGUAGUACUAAGGCAGUUUGGAAUCCGCGCUGGCAGUGGGGGCAAGGGAACAGCCGGUGGCGAUGGGCUGGCCAGAGAAAUCGAGUUUCUCGAAGAUGUCGAGGCCAGUGUCCUCAGCGAGCGCAGAUCGAGAUCUCCACAAGGACUGGCUGGAGGCGGAAACGGCGCGAAGGCCUUGACCAUCCUGACAAAGAAGGACGGAUCAUCCUACAGCUUUGGAGGGAAGAACACCGCCCGGCUCCAGAAGCACGACAGGCUGACGAUCCUCUCCCGCCUGCAUCUGGAUGGUUUCGGGGGCGGACAGGAGCGAGCCGGAUGGCACUUUGAGCACGGGGACGAGAAGGUGCCCGAGUUCCCUAAGGGAAAAUAUUUAGACUACCACAGAGCCUGCGUUCAAAAGCUGCAGUCCAAGCCAGGCAAGGCCCGCCUCGCCACACUUUCAGAGGCCGCUGAAUUGCCCGACGGCAAGUUCGAGGGAUCGAUGGCGUUGGUCGAGCUCGAAGUCAGGGAGCUCCUUUCCGACCAGCCGGUGACCCAGCUGGCGACACGGUCUUUCUACUCGCCAAGCAGCUGGGUGCUGCCCUUCGACCAGAUGGCGGUGCGAGUGGGCCUCUCCUGGCGGUGCAAGGAGCAGCUUGAGAUGAUCAGCUCAAACUCUAUCAAGGCUUGCGAACUCGAUUCUCUGAACUACAAAGUGCCGUACCCCUUUGAGGGCAGCUUAGUCCGCCUUCGCUCUCUGGUCUAUCGGCUCCCAACCGCGCUGCUCGAAAAUCCAGUCUGUCUCAAGACUGACGAUGAGCAGGAUCGGUCGACAUCCCUGUGCCAAGACGAAGAAUGGCUAAGCUUCAAAGGGCGGGUGUUAGUCCAGUCCAAAAAAUGCAGCCAGUCGAAGCACCUCCAGGCGACCAUCGAAAAGAUGGGCGCAGAGAGUUUCGGCUAG